UCUGAUCCAACGGCCGCGCCGAUCCGGCUCGGUUUUAAAUAGAUGCGCUACGCUCCCCCACCGGCCACCCCGUCCGCUCCUCCUCCCUUUUCGGCCGCUGCUUCACACCAUCCGCAUCCUCCCCGCUCGCCGCCGCGCCGCUCCAAGUUUCUUUCGUGAGGAGUUGAUCGAGGAGUUGGGGUUGAGAUGGGCCAGAUCCAGUACUCCGAGAAGUACUUCGACGACACCUACGAGUACAGGCACGUCGUCCUUCCGCCGGAGGUCGCCAAGCUCCUCCCCAAGAAUCGCCUUCUCUCCGAGAACGAGUGGCGCGCGAUCGGAGUGCAGCAGAGCCGCGGGUGGGUGCACUACGCGAUCCACCGGCCGGAGCCGCACAUCAUGCUGUUCCGCCGCCCGCUCAACUUCCAGCAGCAGCAGGAGGCAGCCGCGGCUGCAGCGGCGCAGAUGCUGCCCAAGUGACUGCCCCCUCCACGCGGCGAUGGCGGCGACCCGGGGUUGAAAUGUGCGAAACCCUAGCCCCUUUACAUCUCUUAAAGGGGGUUCGCGAUACUGCUAAUUUACUUUCGUUUGUUAGUUGGAAAUCUUAGUGAUGUUGGUGGUGUCCACCUUGUGUUCGUGAGAAUGCCCGAGUAGGAACUGGCAUGUAAACGUCUGUGUUAUCUUGGAUACUUUUCAUUGCUAAGCUAUUAUAUGUGAUGCUGGUACUGUUGUUAAACUGUUACAACUUACUACUACUAUAUGUGACAUUCUGAUUGUGGUCAUGCUUA